AGGGGCCACGCCACGUGAGAUAUCCUUUUUGUCAUCGAUGUGGCCAACACUUUGCGAGCUGCUUAUAAGAAGCCCAGACUUUAAAGUGGAGGGAUGUAAAGCCAAUAAUUCUGUUUUAAGCUCAGAAAUUAACAUGAACCGAGAAUGAAUCGGGUCUGGUCGAUCGAUCUAAGCCGCCCUAAUGAACCGGUCCGGUAGCAUCUGUUUUCGAACCAGAUCGAUUGGGUGAUAUCCUUUUAGAGGGAAAUAAAUAAGAAUAAAGGCUGAUUCUUUAAUGGGAUCCAAACCCAGUGUGUCGGGAGGUGACAUGGCUCGCCUUCGUCCCUUCCGCCGCCUCCUCUCAUCCUGCUCUUUCCCAUCCCAUUGCAGCAACCCUCCGUAAGUAUUCUUCCAAUCUCUUUCCCUUUCCUUUCUUUCUUUAUCGAGGUGAAUCUUGUUUUUUGUAUACUUAUUUCCACACUCAGCAUGCAUGUUUCGUUUCAGUUUAUUUUCACUCCGUGUGCUUUUGUUUCUAAUUGCCGUUUGUUGGUUUGUUGCUGUUGCUGCCUUGGGCUUGCUUCUUAGGUGUGGAUUAUGAGUAGCAUUAGAUCAUCAUGUCACCUUUUCCUGUAAGCAAAAUCAGGUUGUGGGAUGAUGUUUGUCCUUUUAGCUUAAUAUCGUCUAUUGAGUUGUCUGUCCGAAUCACUAUACAGAUGCAGGAAGAGGAUCUAAUUCAAUUCCAUUUGAUAUGUCAUGUUCUUGGAGCUGCCUAAUUUCUGUGACCACUAAUUUAUCAUGGGAAUGACUAUAUAUAGGUCUACUUGUUUCUUAGUUUCUUCCUUUUGAAUUGGAAGUACUCACUAUGAUUGGUGUAGCCACGUUUUGAUGUUACUCUUUCCAGCUUUGAGGUUGCAGAGGAGUCUUGUCCUUCGAGCAAGGCCCUUUAAUAGAGAGAGCAUUUCCUCACCAUUCGGCCUUCGGGAAGAGGAGAUUGGUAACAGUUUGUGCUUCUUCGGAUCCUGAUGGAAAGGAUGGAAUCGGACCUGAGGCUGUGUCAGUGGAGAACCUCCCUCUGGAGUCGAAGCUGCAAAUGAGACUCGAGCAGAAGUUGAAGAUGAAGCUUGCCAACAAGAUACGGCUUCGGCAGAAGAGGCUCUUGCGCAAGCAGAGGAUGAGGAAGAAGAGGCGAUGGCCGCCUUCCAAGAUGCCUUUGCAGUUUGUCUCUCUUCUCUUCUCUUCUCUUUGGACAUUCCACCACGGCAAGAGAAGUAGUACAAACAGAUGGGAACAGAGAAGAGGAGCGAGAGAGAGAGAGAGAUCAGGAUGGAGGAGUUCAGCUACGAGGACAUCAAGACUGCAACAGGAAGCUUUGCUGUCGAGCAGUUGAUCGGUAAGGGAAGCCAUGGGAGUGUCUACAGAGGCAGGCUCAGAGGCGGACAGGUCGUGGCAGUGAAGAAGCCAUUGGGACCGAUUCAGUCCUCUAAAGAUGAAGCCAAUCUGGACAACGAGAUCGACAUCCUCGCUUCUGUGAAGAACCCAAGCAUCGUCGAGCUCAUUGGUGUCAGCCAGAGUCCUACCACCAAGCUGCUCGUCAUGGAGUUCAUGCACAAUGGCUCCCUCCAUGACCUCCUCCACUCGUCCCCGAGCCCGCCUUCGUGGCCUCGACGCGCACUCAUGGCUCUCCAGGCCGCUCGCGCCGUCCUUUCGCUCCACGAGACGUCGCCGGCGGUCAUCCACCGCGACAUCAAGUCAGCCAACAUCUUGAUGGACGGCGAAGGCAACGCGAAGCUGGCUGACUUCAGCCUCGCGGUGAGAGCCGACGGAUUUCGGCCACCCAACUCAACGGUGCCGGCGGGUACCAUCGGCUACCUGGAUCCGUGCUACGCCGAGUCCGGAAAGCUUGGCCCCGAGAGCGACGUGUUCAGCUUCGGGGUGGUCUUGUUGGAGCUCGUCAGCUCCAGGAAGGUGAUGGACAUGGAGCGCGAUCCUCCUUCGAUCGUCGCGUGGGCACUGCCGGUCAUAAGAGAUGGUCGACUUGCCGACGUCUGCGACAGGAGAGUAGCGUUGCCGGACUACACGAAGACGCCGAUCGCUCGUAUGCUAAGCGUAGCCGAGCGAUGCGUCGCAGAGAAGGUAGAGAGAAGGCCGUCGAUGGGAGAGGUUGUGAGAGAGCUGCAAGGGGUGGUGGAGUGCAUGAUGAUAUGGCCAUGGAUGAGGUUUAAGGUCUUCGAGAGUGUGCACAUGUGUGUCCGGGCAUGGAGGAGGUGUGCCAGGAAGAGGGUCACCACUACAACAAAGAUCGUUUGCAGGGAUCACUCGGUUGAUGGUGGGACUGAGGAGAUGGCCAUGGUGGAAAGAUGAAGCCAACUCUCUCCUUCUUGCUUGGGAGUGCUCAUUUCAGCAAGGAGGUGAUGCCUCUCGAACAUCACCAAUAGCAUUGUUUUGUGAUUGAAGGAGCCAUAAGAAUGUUUGAUUAUAUAUUCAAGAACAAGUUAUCACUCAA